AUGCAACAAGGCUCCAUUUGUGAGGGGUGGGAGGGUGGGUUGGUGCGUCAAGCCCCUCGGAGGGAGCGAAGCGCCACACAACUGAUUGGAAACUUCAGCUGUCCGUUGGUGCCUGGGAAAGAGAAGCGGCCCACCGGCAGCUCCUUCCCGAACGGGACAGAAAUAGAAGAGAGCAGCCGUGGAUCUGCGCCCAGGGUUUAUCCAACAGGACUCCACAGUGAAAAUCCAAGGAGUCAAGUAGAAGACAAAUCACGGACCCCUGAAUUUGCCUCAGAUUUGACAGUCUACCAGAUGCGGACUCUCAGCAGCAGCUGGGUGCAGCCAGGGCUGAGAAUAAGCUACUGCAGCACCACAUGGUGGUGCUGCAGCACUUCCAAGACUCAAGAGGACAGGAUUUCACAGCUUGUUCCCAGAUUAGCCAAACACAAAAAUGAAGUCAAAACACUGCAGAUGUUGCUCCGACAAAGCAGCACUAGCCGUGCAGCUAUCUCAGGCAGCUGCAGAAACCAAGCUGCAUGGGACCAAGGCCUCUCUCCCGCAUCCACAGCUGCUCAGGAGCAGGGCCUCCCGCAGGAGGAGCUGGCCCUGAAGCUGGACAAAGCCACUGCAACUGACAGAAAAUGAACUGGGAAGGCAUGUUAUUAAAGGUCCAAAUGAUCAAAACCAGUAAGAGAAAACCAAAUGGAUCAGAAAAAACCUGUCUUUCCCCCGAUCCAUGCAUCAUCUCCGCAGGAGACUG